AUGGGGACACUGGUGAAAAACCUGAUUGCUGUGAAAGUUGAGUGGAGGGACCUGGAAACUGGAGAGACCUGCAAAUCUGGAACUUGUAUAAAGGAGGGACUUAAUAUUUCUGGAGAUGUGGUGGAUGAAUCUGACAGCUCUGGAUAUAGACCAAAUGAGAAACCUGACAUCAAUGCAAACAGGGUGAAGGAAGAACCUCACAUCUUUGGAAACUGCUCUGCCAUCCGGCGUCGCUGGAUAGUGGUGCAACUGCUGAUGCAGGUGUGGCUGGCGGCAAAUCCAUCCCUGAGUGAGCGUCCAUGCCCCAAGAGCUGUCGCUGUGAUGGGAAAAUCGUCUACUGUGAGUCCAGCGCUUUUCGUGAUGUCCCCAAGAACCUCUCAGGAGGCUGUCAGGGUCUCUCUUUACGGUACAACAGCCUUGCCAGUCUCAGAGCAGGUCAGUUUGUGGGCCUCAACCAGCUCAUCUGGCUUUACUUGGACCACAAUUACAUAGCCUCUGUUGAUGGGAUGGCCUUCCAAGGUGUCCGCAGGCUUAAGGAGCUAAUCCUGAGCUCCAACAAGAUCACAUCACUUCACAACACCACAUUCCACCCUGUCCCUAAUUUGCGUAAUUUGGACCUGUCAUACAACAAGCUACAAGCCUUGCAACCUGGACAGUUUCAGGGCUUGCGCAAACUUCUCAGCCUUCACAUACGUUCAAACUCUCUGAAAAGCAUCCCAGUACGUCUGUUCCAAGAUUGCAGAAAUCUGGAGUUCCUUGAUCUGGGUUAUAACCGCCUGCGUAGUAUUACCCGAAAUGCCUUCUCAGGCUUAGUCAAGCUCACUGAGCUGCACCUGGAGCACAACCAGUUCUCUAAGAUUAAUUUUUCUCACUUCCCUCGCCUCUACAAUCUACGGGCACUAUACUUGCAGUGGAACCGCAUCCGCUCCAUGAGCCAGGGCCUGACCUGGACUUGGGCCUCCAUUCAGAAAUUGGACCUGUCUGGAAAUGAUCUGACAGAAUUGGAUGCUGUUGUUUACCAGUGCUUACCUAACCUGCAGACCCUCAACCUAGAUUCCAACAAGCUGACCAAUGUCUCCCAGGAGGUGGUUGCUGCCUGGAUUUCUCUGACCACCAUCAGUCUGGCUGGGAAUGUAUGGGACUGUGGCCCUGCUAUCUGCCCUCUGGUGGCUUGGCUGAGAAACUUCAGAGGUGCAAAGGAGACCACUAUGAUCUGUGCCUCCCCUAAAAAAGCCCAGGGUGAAAAAGUGAUGGAUGCUGUUGAAGCUUUUGGUGUUUGUCGUUCAAACUCAGUGACAACACUCACAAUGAGCAUUCCUCCAACCCCAUCCAGUAUCCCUGUUGAGACUGAGCGCCAUCCAGCCAUUCCUUCAUCACCUACUGGUUCUGGAAAGAAAGGAGAGGGGUCAAUGGGAGGCCCCACAUCUUUGGCUGUUACACCACCUGUGGUACCACCCCCAGAGCAAGACUUGGAGCCUGUGUCCUUCCAUAAGAUUGUGGCUGGAAGUGUUGCCCUUUUUCUAUCUGUGGCUAUGAUCCUGUUGGUGAUUUAUGUUUCCUGGAAGCGUUAUCCUAGCAGUGUCAAGCAGCUACAGGAGCAUUCGGCAGCGGCUAGAAAACGCCGCAAGAAAGCCAGAGAGACGGAGCGCACCCUGAGCUCUCCAUUGCAGGAGUACUAUGUGGACUACAAGCCCACCAAUUCGGAGGCCAUGGACGUGCUUGUCAAUGGGACCGGGCCCUGCACCUAUACCAUCUCAGGCUCCCGAGAAUGCGAGGUCCCCCACCAGAUGGGUGCACUGACGUUCUACCGCUAUGAGCAGCCCAUCGUAGAUUACUGCCAGGCUCAUCAACCCCUGCGGCUCAACAUGGGCUACGAGGGACCUCCACAGGGCCUGGAGGGGCUGGAGGACCUGGGGCCACGCGAUAGGGGCACUAUACAGACGGUGGCACUGCCUGCUGUGCCCUCUGCUGCAACUGUAGUUGCCCCUGCGCCCGGGCCACGCUCUCCUCCACCUCCCCUUAGACCACCUACUGAGGGCCCCAGCAAUCCUUUUCCUACUAUUGAGCGCACCUCCACACUCACAUUUGGACGCUAA